GCAGCCGUCAGUAGGAGACGUGGGCCGCUCUCGCCCGACUUCUGCGCUCUAGCCGGUUCCGUAGGAGCGGACAGAACCGGUUCACUGGGUUCCCAAUUUGAAACGAAGUAGAUCCGGGAGAGGCGUGCUCCAUCUUAACGGUGACGGAACACCGGUAGGCGGCGGGAGUGGGGCGCCGCGGGGAGCGACUGAAGCUGCAUAACCGGAAGUGUCUUGGAUGCGUCGUUUCCGGAAGUGUGGCCGCACCGCGGCGGCACCCGGAAAUAGGAUGCUGCCUCGCCCCGGGAGUCGGACCCUUUGAGAUACAGGGGUUAAACCGGUGUUUAUGUAUCUUUGCUUUUUCGAGCCAAUAGAGAGCCUCUGUCUGCGGAAAGUGUUUGGACAUGAUUUUGAAUGUCUCUUCCCCUGGAAAGCCGUGGGAGAAACGAGCACGGGGAAUGUGUCCAGGGGGCCUGGCUCUGUAAAGGCUUCUGAGAAGUUUCUUUUGCUGCCUGUCACCCUCCAUUCCCCUACCCCCAGGGAUGUGCAGAUGGAGGCCGGCGGAGACGCUGCUGCCCCAGCCCCCGGGGGCGCGCAGGACUUGGAGGGCACCCAGUUCCCUAGUGAGGAGACUGAGGAUAGUGGCGUUCCAUCGGGCCCGCCAGAUCCUGGAGACGCGGACCCGGAGGAAACAGGAUCCAAGGCCGAGGAUGAGCCACCCAGCCACCUGUCACCACUGCCCCCGUCGGAGGACCCGUUAUGCACCUGUGAACCCUGGAGCUCUGCAGCCUCGGAUAGUAGUCCCAUCCAUGGCCCUGAGAGUGGCUCCGGGGGCCAGGGUGGGGACCCCAGUGAGGAGGACUGGCGCAGUCAACGGAAGCACGUAUUCGUGCUGAGCGAGGCUGGCAAGCCCAUCUACUCCCGGUACGGUAGUGUGGAGGCGCUGUCGGCUACCAUGGGUGUGAUGACAGCCCUCGUGUCCUUCGUGCAGAGUGCAGGGGACACCAUCCGCGCCAUCUAUGCCGAGGACCACAAGCUGGUGUUCCUACAGCAGGGCCCCCUGCUGCUGGUGGCUGUGUCUCGGACUCCUCAAUCAGCAGCCCAGCUCCGAGAGGAGCUACUAGCCGUGCACGCGCAGAUUGUGAGCACACUGACACGCGCAAGCGUGGCCCGCAUCUUCGCACACAAGCAGAACUACGACCUCCGCCGCCUGCUGGCUGGCUCCGAGCGCACGCUGGACCGGCUUCUGGACAGCGUGGAGCGAGAUCCCGGAGCCCUGCUCCUGGGCGCCGUGCGCUGCGUGCCACUUGCCCGUCCCCUGCGGGAGGCACUGGGCACAUUGCUGCGGCGCUGCACGGCACCCGGCUUGGCCCUGUCCGUGCUGGCAGUGGGCGGCCGACUGAUAACAGCAGCCCAGGAGCGGAACGUGCUGGCCGAGUGCCGGCUGGACCCAGCUGACCUGCAGCUGCUGCUCGACUGGGUGGGAGCGCCAGCCUUCGCAGCGGGUGAGGCAUGGGCACCCGUGUGCCUGCCCCGCUUCAACCCUGAUGGUUUCUUCUACGCCUACGUGGCCCGCCUGGACUCUAUGCCUGUCUGCCUGCUGCUGCUUGGCACCCACCGCGAAGCCUUUCACGCCAUGGCCGCCUGCCGCCGCCUGGUAGAAGACGGGAUGCGCACUCUCGGUGCCCUGCGUGCCCUGGGGGAGGCAGCCAACUCCAGUGCACAGGCAGCCAGUACCCCUGCCUACAGCGUGCAGGCUGUGGGGGCACCUGGCCUCCGGCACUUCCUCUAUAAGCCACUGGACAUCCCUGACCAUCACCGCCAGCUGCCCCAGUUCACCAGCCCCGAGCUAGAGGCACCGUACAGCAGAGAGGAGGAGCGGCAGCGGCUGUCAGACCUGUACCACCGCCUGCAUGCUCGCCUGCACAGCACCUCCAGACCCCUGCGUCUCAUCUACCACGUGGCUGAGAAGGAAACGCUGCUAGCCUGGGUGACCUCCAAAUUCGAGCUCUAUACCUGCCUCAGCCCUCUGGUGACCAAAGCAGGAGCCAUCUUGGUAGUGACCAAACUCCUGCGCUGGGUGAAGAAAGAGGAGGACCGACUCUUCAUCCGUUGCCCACCCAAGUACUCUACACCCCCAGCCACCUCUGCAGACCAGGCUCCCCACAAUGGCUUGUUCACUGGCCUCUAAAUGGUAGAGCUCAGACUGCUGGGAGUGACCACCUUGACUUUUGCCUUCUGUCUCCACCCUGGAAAUGUGGUGGGAAUCUGUCUGUGGCUGGCACCUGUCUCCCUGAGCACCUAGGCAAGAAACGAGAGCUGCCCACAAAUGGGAGGUGGGUGGUAGCAGCCAGGGACGCAAUGUGCCCCUCUAGUCCCCUUGUGUCCUUCUCUUCUCCCUCUGUCUCACCUCCUUACCAUGGAUGAUGGUCCUUCAUCGGGCUUUACCCUCUAAACUGCUUCAGAAGUCUCUUUCUCACUGGACUGAGCCCUGUAUGUGCAGGGCUGGCAGGUCUCAGGAGUGACCCACAGCUGCUCUAGAAUUGGGGAUGCAGGGUCAGCCCGUGCCCAUAACCACCCUAGGGUAUUUGGCAAACAAAAAAUCCUGUACAUAAAAGCUCUAAAACUAAGCCCCACAAAAAUAUUCCUUUGCCCUUUAUCUGAGCGCUGCCCAAAAAAAAUGAGCCCUGUUCAUGUUGGCUGUUUCUAGUAUUAAUGAGGAGGUGGCUUCAGUAUCCACCUGUGUAACACAAGAUACACAGUACCUAAGGUCUCACACAGUGGCUAAGAAAGGAGGUGUAAUUAGCUUCUAAAGCUUAUCUUACUUAUCCAGGAAACAAAGGUAACUCGCGCAUGGGCUCUCUAAUGAAGAUUUGCAAACGGAAAGGGAUUCAAAUUCAUGUACAACUACACAUCAUAUGCACAUUUGUCUCAGACUCUGGCAACCUGCAACAAAAUGUGUGCACAACCUCACACCCAACUGCCCAGUACCCCAGUACUGCCCUUGUUUGUCUAAAACCAGUUAUAGCCUCGUGGUUGUACGCAUGCGUGCUGCCCAUUAGGGUGGGGAGCGUGCGCGAACGUUCUGCGCGUGCUCAGUAGAUACCCAGUUCCCGUGCCUGGUGAGCUAAUGCCGUGAAACUGUUCAGCACGCAUGCGCAUGGGUUUUUUUUUUGUUUUAACCCAUCAUCGGCGUCCACGGCAGAAGAGCAAGAUUCGCCUUGGAAAAUGGCGGGGAACCUGGAGCGUUUGACGGAGGAGCCAUCAGAAGCCAUGGAGAAGGGUGAAGGUAGUGAGGGCCAGUGGGCAGCCUCUUACCCUCUAGGGACAGAAGGGAGGGAGGAUUCGACCACUGCAAUAACUAAAUGAUGAUAGUAGUAGCUUUUUGAAAAAGAAGUAAAAUUUUAAGCCUUUUAUUAUUGAAAGAAACUUUUAACUGUUCCACAAAGUGGAAAUAAAUAACAUGCACAUUCUCAUCACCUAGGUUAACUUUUGUCAAUUUUAUUGACUAUACUGUUCAACUACUUUUAAGUAAACAAUAAAUAGUUCAUAUGCAUCUCUUCAAAUGAAACAGACCAAGGUGUUUUUUAAAAAAAAAAAAAAAUCCCCUUGCGGCUGGCAGACCUAAGAAAAUUAGCUAAUUUCCCAAUAUCUGUUUCACACCUGGCCUAGAUCACACUACAUGGAUUCUUCAUCGAGCAUGGCUUUCCUUUCAGGCAACUGUUCUCAAAUUUGACUUGUUUGAUGAUGACAGCUCCCUAGUGCACUGGGGCUGGGAUGGUGAUGGUGGUAAUUCAACCUAGAAACUUGGAAAUUGUAGACCCACUAAAUGGGAGGGAUCCCCCAAGGUAAUAUCCACUAGUAUGCCUCUAGCAAUUUGUAUUUUUUAGAGAUUUUCAACAUACAGCCAAGUAGUGAAAAUAGCAUGAGGAAUACUCAUGUACCUGCCACUCGAUUCAACAGAUGCUUAAAUUCCUGCCCUCCAUUUAUGUCUCCCUUGCCUGCACACUCUUUGAAUCAGUAUAAUAAUAAACACCUUAGAUUACAUCUUGUCAAACCCUGUGCAGACAUCAAAAUAAUUAUUCAUCCAUUACCUGUCCUAGGGUGUGAACUCCAUGAGAACAAAGACUUUACUGCUGUCUCCCCAGCACCUAAAGCAAUGCCUACUUGGCACACAGAUGGUGGUCAGUAAUUUCUGAUGUGUGCAUAAUGAAAUAACAAACAGUAUUAUCUAAGAGCCGCAUGUUGAAUGCCAACUUU